AUGAUCCUGCUGAUGUGGAAUAAGUGCUCCUGCUGUCUCCUCUUACUAGCCGCGGUCCUGAUCGUGGAGAGCUCCCAGCUAGACAGCUCCAGCUCCAAGGUGAACUCCAUCAAGUCCACCCUGAUGGGGGAGGCUCCAACUCAGGCAACCAACAGAUCUGCAGGCAUCCACCAGGGACUAACGCUUGCUAGCAGUAAGAAGGGCAAAAUGCUAGAGCAGAUGGGAAAGCCUCCAAAGCACUAUCACCGGCAAGGAGAGGUCUAUCCUUGUACUAACGACAAAGAAUGUGAAGUUGGGCGAUACUGUCACAGUCCGCACCAAGCACCGUCUGUGUGCAUGCUGUGCAGGAGGAGGAAGAAGCGUUGCCACAGAGAUGGCAUGUGCUGCCCUGGGAAUCGCUGCAACAACGGUAUCUGUAUACCAGUGACUGAAAGCAUCCUUACACCUCACAUCCCUGCUCUGGAAGGGCCACGCAACAAGAAGAAGGGUCACUACGCUAGUAAGGAUUUGGGAUGGCAAAAAUUAGGAAGACCGCAGUCCAAGCUGUCGCACAUAAAAGGACAUGAAGGAGACCCCUGCCUUCGGUCAUCAGAUUGUAUUGAGGGGCACUGCUGUGCUCGCCAUUUCUGGACCAAAAUUUGCAAGCCUGUAUUGCAUCAGGGAGAGGUAUGCACCAAGCAGCGCAAGAAAGGCUCCCAUGGACUUGAGAUUUUCCAACGCUGUGACUGUGCUAAAGGGCUGUCCUGCAAAGUAUGGAAGGAUGCGACCUCCUCUUCUAAAUCUAGACUUCAUGUAUGUCAGAAAAUCUGAAUGAGGAUUGGGAAGAUGUUGUUAAGUAACUGUGGCUUUCUGUAUGGUGGGAAAUACGGACUGCAAAUGAAAACAGAAUGCUAUAGCAAUUAUUAGGUAGCAUUUCUUUUUUUAGCCUGGGAUAAGCGCAAGUGCAGCUGAAGAUUUUCUAUUGUGCAGCUCUUCUGUAAAAGAUGUCAGCAGUUUGUGGGAAAUGCUAGUGCACAAACAAAUACGGUGGGAAUUAGUGCCACUUACCUUGCUCUCUUGUCCCAGGUUGUCCUAGAGGUUCAGUGUUAGGGCUAAAGUGGAUUUCUAGCACAGUAAUGACUGCUCAAUAGAUUGUAUACAUUGCUACUUUGUACUCCCAAAUGAAAGAGUGCUUGCCAGCAAGACUUGUCUAUCAACACUUUAUUGAUUACGAAUUACAGGUGAGAGAUGGAAAUGAAAUUACUGUGAAUGUCCACACACCCUUGUUAUUGGGAGCUGAUGCUUCACAGCACUCCUGCAGGACAAGAGUGCUACAUUUUGCGGACCCUGAUGGAAGAAAGGAAAAGUUGUCAUCUCCUGAUUGCAAG